UUAGACGUGAACAUGGUUGUGAAGGAAAAAAAUACAGAUUUAUAUAACAAAUUUCGUAAUUACUACUCGGAGGGAAAAUUAAAUUUGGCACUUGAUGUUGCUGAUAAAAUUAUAAGAGAAGUCCCAAAUGAUCAUGAUAUGAUGUAUGCAAAAUUUGUUUGUUUGCUCGAGGAAGAAAAAUUUAUUGAGGCAUUAGAUUAUUUAAAUCAUAAUCAAUAUAUGAAGGGUUUGAAAUUUGAAAAAGCUUAUUGUCAGUAUAGACUAAAUAAAUCUAAAGAAGCAUUAAAUACCUUAAAAUCCAUUAAAGAUCCUAGUUUAAAAGAAAAAGAACUCAUGAGUCAAAUUCUUUAUAAAUUAGAUGAUUUUAAAUCUUGCUGUAGCCUUUAUUUGGAUAUCAUUAAAUCCACACAAGAUGAGUUUGAUGAGGAGAGAAUAUGUAAUUUGUUGGCUAGUCUAUCGUAUUCUAGUGAUCAAACUAUAUUGAAAAAUUUUGAAGAUGAUGAAUCAGAUCGUGUCAAUUAUGAAAUAUAUUUCAAUUUAGCAUCAUUAUAUUUAGUCAAAAAAGACACCACAAAGGCAAAGGAUUAUUUGGUUAAGGCAGAAAAAGUCUGUCGCAAAUUUUAUUCCUCACAUGAUCAACAAGAUGAAUUGCUCAAAGAAAUUAAAAACAUUGAGGCCCAAUUCGGAUAUAUACAUCAAUUAAAUGGGGAAAAUGAAAAGGCCUUGAAGAUUUAUGAUUCAAUGGUAUUGUCACAAGAUUCUUCUUCUCCUUUACCAAUCAUCAUCACUAACAAUAAAUAUAUCAUCAGACAAGACAAUGUGAAUGAAUACAAAAAGAGUAUCAAAAAAAUUGCAGAUUCCAAAAUAUCCCAGAAAUUAAAUAACCAGCAAAUGAAGGAAUUAUACUUAGACCAUGUUAUAUUUUGCCUACAAAACAAUCAAUUGGAUCUCUGUAGAAAUUUAGUCAAAAAUUAUGAACAACGAUUCCCGGACGAAAAAUAUCAGGCUAUGAUCAUCAACGUGGCAUUGUUAUGUAAGGAUAAAAAGAUGGAAAAAGCGCUACAGAUUACAAGGGAUUUUAUUUCUGAAAACGUAGAUAAACCCGACGAUAAUUCGUCCCUAAUGUGCGCGUAUCUAACCGAGGCUCAAUUAUACAUGGACAUUGAUGAUUAUAUGAAUGCUGCCAAAACCUUGGAAAAAAUUCCUGAUAUGUAUCGAUAUCCACAAAUAGUUCAGUUUUUGAUAUACCUAUACCAGAAAGCUGGCAAAAACAACGCAAACGAACUUAACGAGGACAUCAUAGGUGAUUUAUACCUUAACGCUAUUACCUGGAAUUCAGCCAAUAAACAAGAUGGGAAAAAAUCGUUUGUGCCCUACUAUCUCCAGGAAUUGAUUAAUUAUACGACUGCUAAUAAAGCUACCCUUUCCCAAUCCUUCAACGAGAAAGUAGCCGCACUUUUGGAAGAUCAAUACAGAACAGAUCCAGAAAAUUUAAUCGUGCAAGGAAUGUUGCUGAAACUGUAUGAUAAAUAUGAUACCGAUAAAGCCAAAAAAUUGGCCCACGAUAUUCUCAAAGAUAGAGGAGGCGAUGACACGAAUUCGCUGACGAUACUAGAUGAACAAGCUAUCGAUGCCAUAUCGAAAGCGAUGUCUGCCCAUAAAAAGUCAAAACGAAAAAGAUUAGCCUCUGAUUCCCAACAGAAGCCUUUGGUGACCGCGGGUCCAACCAGUGUUACAGAGCCUGCAAUUGAUGUGUUGGUUACCUCUGCCAAUCAACCCACUUCCUCACUUUCUAAGAAAAACAAAAAUUGUGCCUUAAAACAUAAAUUAAAGUGCAAAGCUAAGAGGAUAGCUGCCCUAAAAGCUAAAAAUGUGUUUGGGACAACCGGGGCCGAUCCCGAUAGGUGGUUACCCAGACACUUGAGGACUGCUUCUUCAUUGACUUCAACCCAUCAUUAUUACAAGAAAAAGAAAGGAAUCAAAGGAGGGGCUGCCAAAAAUGCUGAGCUAGGAAGAGGAACUCAAGGAGCUGCCCCUACCGCUACUGAUGGUAAACCUUCUACUGAGAAUCAAGCUACGAAUUCCCAGCCCAGUACUAGUACAAAUGUCAACAUUCCAUCGAAUCCCGUUCUGAAAGCUAAUGCCAAUAAGAAUAUUAUUAAGAAAAAGAAGAAGAAAGGAAAUAAAUGGUGAAAUUAUUAACCUGUAAUUUACCAUAAUAUUAUAAUUAUUUAUCAAAUUUGGAAUAAAAAUUGCAUCAUUAUAAAAGUUUAUAAAUAAGCCUUUCAAA